CUUGGUGACGUGUAUGCUUGAUAGCGAUAUGUGAAACUAAACGAAACGGAUGACAAAACAUUGCAUAACUUUCGAUUAGAGGCUUUUUUCUUUUUCUGUGUUUUUUUACCGUGUUUUUGGUGGCGCCUUGAACCGUCUCUGAAGAUGGAGAUGCUUUACCAUCAGACCAAUAAACAAAUUCAGGAGGUUCAGUCUCAGAUGGGACGACUGGAGACAACAGAUCGACAGUCAGUCCACUUAUUUGAGAAUGAACUUCAAGCCAGAAUUGAUCAGAUCUUUAAUCAGCUGGAGCGACUCGAGAUACUAGCCAGUAAAGAGCCACCAAACCGCCGCCAAAAUGCCAAACUGCGUGUUGAUCAGUUAAAGUAUGAUGUGCAGCAUCUUCAGACAGCCCUGAGGAACUUCCAGCACAGACGUUACGCUCGCGAGGCUCAAGAGAGAGAAAGAGAGGACCUCAUGAGUCGAAGCUUCACAACAAACGAUCCAGACACCUCCAUCCCUAUUGAUGAAACCCUGCAGUUUAGUAGCAGUCUACAAAACGCUCACAGAGGAAUGGACGACCUGCUGGGCUCAGGCUCCAGCAUCCUAAACGGCCUGAGAGACCAGAGGAGCACACUUAAGGGUACACAUAAAAAGAUGUUGGAUGUCGCAAACAUGUUGGGUUUGUCGAACACGGUCAUGCGUUUGAUUGAGAAGCGAGCAACGCAGGACAAGUUCAUCAUGAUGGCUGGAAUGCUCGCUACUUGCUUUGUCAUGUUCCUGGCGGUUAAAUACCUUAGUUGAACUUUCCCAACUUUAGGCGACCUUGAUCACGUCAGUGGCUCAUUCCGGUUUUCAUCCCACUUGCAUCACAUCUAUAAAAA